AUGACAUCCUGGAUGUACCCAAGAAUGUCUGCGGAUAGUUUUAAAUUUGAGAACUUGAAGAAGCGUUACAACUUGAGGAUCACUGGUGAGUCAGCCUCAACGGACAAUGUAGCAGCUAGGGCAUAUCCUAAGAUCUUUGCUGAGAUCAUCCGGGAGAAGGGCUACAAGCCGGAGCAGGUUUUCAACGCUGACGAAACUGGCUUGUGGUGGAAGAAGAUGCCAGCCAGGACGUUCCUUAACUUCCUUUUCAGGGAGGAAAUGAGUGCACCGGACUUCAAGGUGGCCAAAGAUCAUGUGUCUCUAUUGUUAUGUGGCAAUGCUGCAGGACACAUGAUCAAGCACAUGCUGCUGAACCAUGCCAAGUGUUCGUGUGCACUUAAGAACAAAGAUAUGCACCUCUUCCCAGUCUUCUCCCACCACAACAAGAAAGCCUGGAUGACAACAGUGUUGUUCACCAACUGGUUUCACAAUUGUUUUGUGAGGGAGGUUAAGGAUUACCUGCAGGAUAAAGGCCUGGAGUUUAAGGUCCUCCUCGUGAUCGACAACUGCCCUGGCCACCCCAAGGCCCUCAAGGUUGCAAACAAAAAUGUUGAGGUGAUCUUUCUGCCCAAGAACACAUCAUCAUUGCUCCAACCAAUCGACCAGGGAGUCAUCGCUGUCUUCAAGGCCUUCAUCUUCAUCCAUCAGUGGCAGGGGAGAGAGGAACGGGCUCUACAUAAACAGCCAGCAUGGAAUAGUGAGUGUUAA